AUGGCCGCCCCAGUGCAACGCACCUCUGUCUUCGUGGGCGACUUGCCGGUCGACCUGCCUCGUCCAGAGGAAGCAAUCAACAACCUCUUUAGCAGUAUUGCGCCCGUGGUUUCCGUGAAGGUUUGUCGCGACAUUGCAACGCAGCGCUCCUUAGGCUACGGCUACGUUAAUUUCCAGACUACUGCGGAUGCCGAGAAGGUGAUUGACGCACUCAACUUCACAGGCAUUGCGCCGGGGCGCUACAUCCGCGUCAUGUUUGCCAUCCGCGAUCCGCUGCAGCGUAAGAGCGGCGCGAACAACAUCUUCGUUAAAAAGCUGGAUGCUGCUGUCAGUGCCAAAGCGCUGCAGGCGGCCUUCUCCAGGUGCGGUCGCGUGCUGUCGUGCAAGGUGGCCCUCGACUCGGAGGGCCACUCGAAAGGCUAUGGUUUUGUGCAGUUCGAGACAGCUGACGGCGCGAAGGCCGCACUGGACAUGAAUGGUGCAAAGGUGGGGGAUAGCGAGGUUGAGGUGGCCCCGUUUGUCCGCCGUGUCGACCGCGAGGCGAUGGCCGCCAAAUCCUUCCGGAACAUCUACAUCAAGAACAUCAAGGCCACUGCAACGGAGGUGGACAUGAGGACGACCUUGGAGAAAUUUGGCAAGGUGACUUCCCUCUUUCUCGCGGAACACGCACCUUUCCUGACUAAAUUUGCACUUGCCGUCUUCGAGGAGCACGAGGCUGCCGUCAAGGCAAUCGCAGAACUGAACGAAUCGGAAGAGAGUGGCCUGACGGAGGAGGCAGUGAAGCUCGUCGUGUGCCGCGCGCUCUCCAAGAGUGAGCGCGACCGUGAGCGGAAGAAGACCGCUUCCCUCUACCAGAACCACGGCCGAAACCUCUACGUGAAGCACCUCCCUGACGACAUCACGGAUGACAAGCUGCGCGAGAUCUUCGCGCCGUUUGGCAAAAUUACCUCAUGCGCCAUCAUGAGGGAGUCCAAUGGGAGCCUCAGAGGUUUCGCCUUUGUCUGCUUUGAAGACAAGCAGCACGCCACGGCGGCGAUGCGGGAACUCAAUGGCCGGUCCUUAGAGAGCUCCAAGAAGCCCCUCUAUGUGAGUCAGGCGGAGCAGAAGGAUAUGCGCAUCCGCCUGCUUCAGCAGCGCCGUGCGGCGAUGCGCCACCAGACCCGUAUGGCGCCCCCAAUGAACACGUUUCCGCAACAAUGGCCACGCCAGCCAUUCCCGCACAUGGUGCAGCCCAUGAUGCUGCCACCGCCGCCGCCGAACAUGGGGAUGCCGCAAUUCAUGUCUGGCCCAAUGAUGCGCCGCCCUGUCAUGGAUGCACACCCUAGACAAGGCGAACCCAUGCGUCCGCCGAACCGCUACACGUAUCCGCGAGAGCAGUAUCAACCGCAGCCGCAACCGCAACCGCAGCCGCAGCCGCGUCAGGACGGCAUUGACGUGAACUAUCUCAACACCCUCUCUCCGGAGCAGCAGAAGAACUACCUUGGUGAGCUUCUCUACAGUCGUAUCAUGCCAGUGGAGUCGUUCAACGCUGCCAAGAUUACGGGUAUGCUGCUCGAGAUGAGUCGAGAGGAGAUCUUUGAAGUCCUGCGCGACCACUUUGCCCUUCUCGCCAAGAUUCAGGAGGCAAACGCAGUGCUCCAGCAGCACUCCGGCAACUAG